AAAAAACUGGAACAGCUUCAGUCAAAAUUAUUGGAAUUGGAUUUGGGUAUCAUUGUGGAACCAUCACCAAAAAGUGCUGUGCUCAAUAAUAUUAGGAAAACGGGACCACUGAUACGUGAGGUGAUGUCGGCCCCACGUGGCAUUGCUCAUAUGAUCAAAAAUACUUUCGGGUCAGUUGAUAAUAUACCGGGCAAUGUUUCAAGUGAUGCGGCCAAUAUUGGACAUUCCACAUUCUAUUCGGAUGCCUCAAAUAAUGAUAGGAUGUCAGAUUUGGAAGAUCGUGAUGCUACAUCGUCGCCCACCAAGCGUGGUCACAAACGCACCGAAACGCUUCCCGCAAUGGCAUUUGAUCUCGAUGCGCUACUGGCUUCA